CACCUUGCAUGAGAAGAAAGAGUGCAGCGUUACGUCAGCCAGUGGGCGCGCGAGCGAUUGCGCGUCUUUGCUGCUAUUCGUGGGCACCGCUGCCAAACUCAGCUUGGGGCAGCUCACCAAGUCGCUGCGGCCAAUGCACGUUGAAAAGUGCAGCUUUUUUCUAACAGCGGCGCUAUGUGGUAAGUCAACUAUCCGUCCCUGCUGUUUUGCUACCCACGCCGAUUUCUUCACAUGGCAUGUCUCUGUUGCUGGUACAGUUGACAAAGUGCCGCACGGUGUAGGGCGUGCGCUGAUAGGAAAAGCCCAAACACUCUUAACAAACAAACAAACAAACAAACAAACAACAAACAAACCAAAACCAAAAUACACUUACACCGCGAUGGCACGAUGAAGCAGCAACAGAGUGGUUUGGCGCACAGAGCUUUCUGCAGCAUUUCUUGGUGUUUGUUUUUUUGGCUGAUCUGAAAAUCAACAUGCCUCACGCUCGAAAUAGGAACCCUAGCCCCAUUCCAGAGGUAACAUGGGACACGGGCUUGAAGGAAAUGAACGAGACGUGGAAAGGAGCGAUCGCGUGUCUGGGGGUGGCUGUCUUCUUUGUAAUGACCAUUGGGAUCAUAUACUGGCAAGUGGUGGACCAGCCCAACAAGAACUGGAUCCUGAAGGGGACCUUGAGUGGACUGAUCUGGGAAAGAAGAACCCACUCGUUCGUCAUCCAGACCCUGACCGAGGACAAGACGUACGUGGAGAUAGACGUCGGGAACGUGGCGAACCCUGACCUGGAGGUUCCCUUCGUGAGGAACCUGUGCUGGCUCAACAAGACCGAGUUCUGCUACACGUGGGACGCGGUGGCCGAGAUCAAAAUCUCCCUGGAUGUGAAUGAGGAGGACACCCAGACCGAGUGCUACAGCAUGACCUGGACGCCGGUGCAGUGCCACGUGCAGCUUAAGGAUUGCUUCUCCAUGACAAACGUAUCCUGGUAUGGCGGCGCCAGUGUCAACGGUCAGACAUGGCCUAUAAAUGAUCAAAACGCCACCAUGCAGCCUUUCGUUGUCAGUGAUCUCAAGGAGAAUCCUUUAGGUUUCGGCUCAGCUCUGGAGCGCUACUUCCUCGGUUCAUCAGGUGUUGCUGUAUUGGUGUCUCCUGAUCUCCCUCUGCAGUUGGGGCUGGACAGCAGGCAACAGUUCUGCUUGCAGUCACUGCCCAGUAUGGAUCUUCUCCCGCUGCAAUACACCGUUUGUGUGGCUAACAAUGUGAAGGCUGUUCACCAAGAAGCAAUUAGACAGCUCUCCCAGCUCAAUAGGGAGAUACCCGACAUGAAGGCGCUUUGGCUACCGUCCUGGAAGCUACUUAGCAAUGUGGAUUCGGGACUAAAAGUGGAGAGGGAGCUCAGGACCUUCUCUAAUCGUCUUAGGAGACACCAGCUCGGGGAAGGAAUCAUCAGCCUGAAUGAACAUUCCACUAACCUCCUCUCUGAAAUGGACCACAACUACCUCAACAGCAGGAAGAGGGAGGCCUCCAAGAGGGACCUCCCGCUAGUGAAGCUUCUUAACAUUUCCGUCACUCUGUCCCCUUUCCUGAGCGUGGACACCAUGCAGUUCCAAACUUCUCUCAUGGAUGGCACUGAGGCCUUCUGGCUUAGUCUCCCCUCGGCACCUCACGGACAGCUGGUCCCAUUGAUGACACAGUGGCGAGGGAAAUUCUGCGUCAUGCUGAAUGUUACAAACCCUGCAGCAGUGAGCUGGUUCCUGGACAGAGUGGGAUCCCUACAAGCCCAUUUGGGAAUGGAGUACAUUCUGCUGGAGGGGGGUGAGAGGAAUCUCUUUGAGGAGCAGGCCCUGCGGCCACCAGAGGCUCUGAGUGGGGACACGUACAUCCGCCUGCUGGCGGAUGUGGCUGCCAAAAUUGGAGACUCCACGAUCAUGUCAGCGGGGACGAGGUUCAGUCACAAGCCAGUAUUUCUGAGGAUGACCCCUCUUCAUUCUGAUUGGACCCCAAUGGGGCUGAAAGGCAUCAUUCCCUCUCUGCUUCAUCACACUGUGCUGGGAUACAACUUCCUCAUUCCCGAUGCAGUAGGUGGCUCUCUAUCUGAAGACAUGGUCACAGAUGAGGAGUUGUACAUCCGCUGGCUAGAGAUUGUGUCCUUCUUCCCUGUGAUCAGCUUCCACACACCCCCUUGGGUCUGUGGAGAGGACCGGGUGUUAAACUUAACUCGGAUCUACAUAACAAAGCACCAGAGGGAUGUGGUACCACUCAUAGAGAAGUAUGCCGAGGAAUGGCAGGAGACGGGAAGCCCCAUCUAUCGGCCUUUGUGGUGGCUCAGUCCAGAGGAUCCCGUGACCUUCACCAUUGACGACCAGUUCCUCAUUGGAGACGAGGUUCUAGUGGCCCCGGUGGUGGAAAAGGGGGCAGUGAGGAGGGAUAUUUACUUACCUGACGGGGGCUUCCAGUGGGAGGACAGCCAAAAUGCUCAUGUAUUCGAUGGAGGGACGUUCCUACAGGACUACCCCGUGCCCCUUGAGGCGGUGGGCGUUUUCUUACGACGAAGAUGAGUGACGUGACUUAUCCCAUUACUGUCUCAUUUUUGACGUGCUGUUUUAAACUUGCACUUUUUUUUCCACAAGAGACCAUUGACAUUGCCUCAUUGCCUUGUCAAAAAAAAUGAUAAUGACAUCUUGUAAAAAUGUAUCAUUAUACUUGCACUUUACUGUUCUACAUUAUUUCUAAUUUAGUUUUUCUUGGGGAGUAUUUUCUUCCUUUUUUUUAAAAAAAAGAAUGAUAAUCAGUUUUACCUCUUGGCUAAUUUAGAUUUUUGUUGUGCUUCUUUGUAUAUAAUUUCUGGAGAAAACUGUGCAUUUAUGUACUUUUUUAAAAAUGUUGCCUUUCUACAGUCUAUAUACCGUUAUUAGCUGCUGCUGUCACACUUGAUAAGGAGGAGCAAAGGAAGCCGCUUGUUGCUUUAAAUGAAUCUGAAUCUCUCAAGAAGACCAAAUGAAGUCAAAUGAAAUGAAAGAGAUGUUGGAAUGGGCUUUAUUGAGGCAACCAUAGCUCACUGAAGGCUUUGUGAUAUCACAAUUUGGGUGCCUUGCUCCCACGUUUUUAAAAGAAGACGCUUACUUGAACUUCUUCCGCCAACGAGCUGAUAUUUGAAUGUACCUAACCCUUAAACUGUCACUCACUAACAGAAUCAACAGACACGCCAGAGUAUAACCCCUUAGUACAUAUGUUGAACCUAAUUGCAUCAGUGUACCACUCUGUUGACAUCUGAAUGUCCCGUAGUACUGUAGGCCACAUGAAUUUGAGGCCAAGCCAUUGAUAUUUUAAUAUUGGAAAUACUGUAUAUCCACUGGCUACAUUUGCUUGUUUCUAACAUGCUGCAGCGAAGGCUUUUAAUGGUCAUCUUUUAUAUCCCCCGUAGCCGAAAUCCAGCCGAAGAAAAACAGCCCCAAAGCACGAUGCUGCAAUGCAUGUAUGGUGGUCUUUUGUUAAUGAGCAGUUUUGUAUUUGUGCCUAACCUUUUACAAGUAUUACAACCUUUGUUUCACCGGACCACAACUCAUUACCCCACGUAUUUGGAAGGUUUGUCAGGAAAAGCCUCCCAGAACAUCUGUCAUAUCUUUGACACGAAUAAGAGGCAUUUAAAAUGGUGCAGUUAUGUGCUCACUCACAUUUAACAGACUGUAAAUUGGAAUGUUCUGAAUUAUGAAAGGGUGUGCAGACUUGUGCAAUGACAUUAUCUCUGUUGCUGUAGUGUUUUCUUUAAUUCCCUAAUCAAAAUUUUUGAAAUUAAUUGAUUUCUAAAGGUUAUAGAUCAGUUAAUAGUAGAAAAGGUUUUGAAAUGAUUAAUCUUGACUGCAAUACUCACUAAUAAUCACUGCAAUUAACUCUUCCGAUGUCAGAGUAUCAAAGGUGCGAAUCAUCAUCUAUGUAAAGACUGUGUAAAUCGCACAUUAGAUUGUGGAGGGGUAUCAAAUGAACUGUCUAGUAGAGGAAAUUUGGCAAAAGUCACCUCGUUUUCAAGCUUCGCCGUUAGUGUGUUCCUAAUUGGCCUUGGUCAUUGUUGUAUUGUAGUGUUUGUUUUAUAUACUGCCUUCCUGUGGAUGUAAAUGGGGUAGGCAAAAUAUUUGCAAGGUUGCGUCUACAUCAAUCAUUGUCAUGUGACAUCAACAAUCGUCCAAACCAACAGAAACAACAACAAUUUAGCUUCUAUGGUCCUUUUGACUAAUUGCAUUUCCAUGUAAUUUUCUCCAACUGUAAUUGAACUUUGUUGACAUCACAUGCAUUUCUUUCUUCUGGGAGUAAUCACCUUUGCACACUGAGACAAUGCUUUACACAACGUAGUCGAUGGUAUACUUUUGGCUUUUAUUUAAAUGAUCUGGAGAUACAGACAGACUGACUCCUUUCCCACUCCAUUUUAUGUGGCCCCGUUUACUGUAUCAACACUCAGGUCGACUGAAUCUUAUCCAAUCACCGUAUGUCUUAGUGCAACACAUUAAUGUCUUAAUCUCUCCGUCAACAACAAAAAUGAAUGUACAAUGGAUAAACUGUGAUAUUCCCACCCCGAGCCAUUCACCUGAAGAGCUGUAAAGUUCCCACUCCAAUGCGUCGCAGCAAUGCUGUGAUACAUUGAAGUAUGAACCGCAGGAAAUGAUUUAUUUGCGCUACAGACUGAUCUGACAUGCUGCCGUUCACGCCUUAAUUUAAUCUGGACAGCACGAGUACCUGGAUUAUUGUAGUAUUAGCAAUGUACAUAUUAUGAUGACUGUGCCAUUAUCAAUGUUUUUUUUCUCUCUCUCUUCUGUAAAUCAGAAAAUCUAG